AGCUCAAGUUACCUCAAUACAAAUAAAUAACGCAAUAAUAAACAUUUAAAUUGGAACUUUCCUUACCUUAAUUCUUACAUUUUAAGAUAAAAAAGGGUAGACGCUAGAAGUUUUUGGAUAAUAUUUCGCGCCUAUAUUUGAACGCAACAUUAGAUUUAACGGAAUCACUAUUUUUAUUUAUAAAAAGCCGUUUUAACUGUAUUCUUACUUUAAAAUGAUUAAACACUGUAACAUUAAAAAUACAUAUACAGUUCUAGAGUAUCUGUAGAUUAUAAUUAUCCUAUUACUUGUGGGUACUUAAAGAAAACGUUUUUGAUUACAGUUUAGUAAAAUGUCAAUAGCGGGGAACGAUUCUUUAAAAUUAAAAUUGUUGGCUGCUACUAGGCGAAAUCUGUAUAAACAAAAGGACGUAUGUAAAUUGCGCAAUAUGGAGCAUUUGUUUUCUGAAGAAAUAGACACAAUAAGCAGGGACUUAAACUUCGUAAAACAACAACUAGAGAUGGUGCUAAUCAAAGUAUCACAGUGUAACCAUCAACUGAGCAUGAUCGACAUUUGCAUUACAUCUGAAAUGACAAAAAUAACUGCACAAAUGAAUAACAUUCGCAAUUUAGUUCGCGGUUUUGAUGAACUAUUUGUUGAAGAGUGCAGAGUCCUAGAGAAUUACCAACGAGAAUUGAGAGAAAAGGAAGCUGCGGAACAGGAAGCAGAAAAACAGAAAGAAAAAGAAGCGGCCAAGAAUAAGAAACAACGGGAUAAAGAUGUCGCAGCUAUCGAACAUGAUUGCGAGGCUAUAGAACAAGAAUGCGUCGUUUUAAAAAAACGUAAUAAUGCUGUAAUGCUGAAGUUAAAACGUAAAUUGAUUGAAACAGAAAAUACCAGACGUGAUUUGUUGAAGAAAAAACAGAAUGAAAAUCAACACUAACAAAAUUAUUUUUAAUCGAAACUAUACCACUAGCAUCAGCAGCAACAAAAAACUUAUAUUUUUUGUCGUUAUUUUCUAGCGUUUGUACUUUAUUCCAUAAAUCGUUUGUUAUGAUAUCUUGGUAUGAGCAUUAGCCUAAAAAUGGCGUAUAAAUCUAUUUUUUAAUUUUUUUACGGUUUAUGUAAAAUAUAAAUAAUAAUAUAAAAAUACUUUGUAGUUUUGUAUUUCCCUGACAGAAAAUCAUAUAAUAUUUAGUGUAUAUCACAGAGAUAAUAGCCACCGACUUAUAAUAAAGUAUCUUGUUACCUCAUACAUAAAAAAAGUAGUUGGUUAAAUAGGAAUAACCAGACACGUACCACUACAUAUUUAAUUCAUACAUUUAUUAAACAUAGAAAACGUUAAAAAUCUAUAAAACAUGCUAAAAUAAAUAAGUUAAGUAUAAAAUAACUAAGUCAUA